AUGUCUCUCGAAUUCCUGCCAACGUUAUCUCGCGAUUUAGUAAAUCUCCUCGAUGAUGCAGAAGAUUACAAUGUCAUUGUACAUACAGGCGAAGAACCGAAUGCGAAGUCGUUCAAAGCCCAUUCCAAUAUAUUGAGAGCUAGGUCACCGUAUUUCAAACGGGCUUUAUCAAAUGAAUGGGUUGUGAAAGAGAACAAUGUUAUAAUUUACAAGAAGCCAAAUAUUUCGCCUGUUGUAUUUGAAAUAAUUCUUAGAUACAUAUAUAGUGGUAAAAUUCCAAUCGAACAUCAAAAUAUGACGGACGUUCUUGAGUUGCUCGUGGCGGCAGACGAACUCAUGCUGGAGGAACUACUGACCUGCGUCCAAAAUUACUUAAUCGAAAACCAAUCACAAUGGCUUCAUGACAACUUUUCUCAAGUCAUUCACACAGUUUUCCAUCUUCAAGCAUGCAAAAUGCUUCAAGAUCACUUUAUAUACAAUAUCUGCCGAGAUGCACAAUUAUUUUUUACCUCUUCUGAAUUUACAUCCGUUGAAGAAGAUAUACUGCUGGCACUUUUGAAACGAGAUGAUCUUGAUAUGGAAGAGAUACAAAUAUGGGAUUAUGUAGUGAAAUGGGGUCGAGCGCAAACUCCCACUCUAAAUGAAGAUAUUUCAGAAUGGACUGUUGCAGACUUUGAAAUGUUAGAGAAAACAGUACACAAGUGCAUCUCUUAUAUUCGUUUUUAUGAAAUUUCACCUUCUGAUUUUUAUGACAAAAUCCGACCAUACAAGCCAAUUAUACCUCAUGAUUUGUAUGAGAAUCUCGUCCGGUCUCAUUACAAACCAAAUGAAUCCCAGCAAACUUGUCAUAUGCUCCCUCCUCGUUUAGCAUGUAUAGAUUCUAACAUCAUAAACUCUGAACAUGUUGCUCUAAUUAAUUGCUGGAUAGACGGGGAGAAUCAAAAGCCAGCUUUAUAUCGUAAGCCUCGCUAUCGAUUCAAACUUCUCUAUCGCGGUACUCGAGAUGGAUUCUCCCCAGUCGAAUUUCGACGUAAAUGCAAUAACACUGGAGCUAACGUAAUAGUGGUAAAGUUAGAAUCAACAGGUGAGAUCAUCGGAGGAUAUAAUCCUAUCGGAUGGUCUAAUAGAGGCAAGUAUGCUUAUUCAGAGAGCAGCUUCAUAUUCAACCUGGAUGAUGGAACUGGCUAUGACAAUAUUCGAUUGUCGCGUGUUGACACGAAAAUGAGUCAGUCGGCAAUAUUCGAUUUGGAGAUUUACGGACCCAAUUUUGGAAGAGGAGAUUUGGUCAUUUACGAGAACUGUAAAUUGUGUUGCUGCCGGAAAAGCACUACCUACGAACAUGAGAUAAUUGAUCCUGGAGAUUAUGCAUUGGCCGAAUUCGAAGUGUUUCAAGUUAUCACCAAAUGA